AUGGAUCCUCAAUUUUCUGUAGAGUCUAAUGCUUUUAUAAAAGAAAAACAAAAACGAAUGCAAAAGAAAAAACAAAAACAAAACCAUGGAGAUAUUUAUCAUUUCGAAGAAUUCACCAUAGGUUCUAAUCUUGAGGAAUGGAAAGAAGAGUAUCAAAAAUUUCUGAAAAAUAUGAACAUAAUGUUCAUAAAUUCUCACCAUAACAUGUUCAGUGCUUGCAACCAAAAUAAUUUGGAAAGAAUUUUAUCCAAUUAUGGACCAAGCGUUUCCAUAGAGGAGUUCAAUAAGAAAUUAAUUUGUACCCAUAAUUAUAAACUGGAAAUUAUGGAGAAUUACAAAAUGUAUAAAGAGGAUAAAUAUAUGGAAAGGGUGCUCGCGAUAGAAAACCACAAAAUAUACCACAGGCUGAAGCAGAAGUAUGACAAAAAAAUGGAGAAAGUAAUGAACAGCAGGAACCAGAGGGAAUAUAAAAACUAUCAGAGGCAUCAAUUAGAAAAAGAGAACGAAAAGAAAAAGAAAAAAAUGGAAGUUAUCAUAAAAGACAUAAUAAAUGCUGCUUUAAAAAUAGUAAGACUUGGAUCUAAUUGUGGGGACUAUUUUUUUUAUGAAAAUUUAUUUUUUUUAGAAAAAAUGUUUUUUCUUAAGAAAAUAAAAAACAUAAAUGAGCUUGUUCAGAACAAUGCACAUAAUAAAGAAGCAAAUUAUGCACUCUCCGUGAUUAAUCAAAAAGAAAAAAUAAUAAAAGAUUAUACAAGGGAAUGUAGAAAAUCCUCAAACAAAUUUUGUGUAUAUUUUGACUUUCUAAAGAGACAAAAAAUAGAUAAGUUUUUCCUCUUAAAUUUACGAAAUGUUCCAGGAAAAGAAAAAAACUACAGCACAGAAAAAUAUGCAUAUAUAUAUUUACUGGAAUACCUGACUAAGCAAGGAGAAUGGUCGUACAUCAAUAGAAAAGAAUAUGAUAAUGAUAAAUUGGGAAUACAAUAUGGAAACGGUUAUCUGAGUUAUAGAAGUAAAAUAUUAGAACAAGUUGACCCAGUAGACAUUAGUGAUAUAAUGGAGCGAAUGGGUGACAAGUACCUGCACGUUUCACAAGAUGAGGAUACUGAAAAAAGUUUGUACGCAAAAAUGAUUGAAAUCACAAAGGGAAAGCUACUUUUAAAAGAUGUAGUUAGCUGUGAUAUGAAGAAAUUUAACAGAAAAUUUAAAUUCCCCCUGAGAAUUGUUAUAACGGGAAAAAUGAAAAACGAAGUUAGACUUCUAGCCAAACAUUUGAAAAAAAUGUUUUCUCUAAAAGUGUACGAUAUGAACAAGAUAAGGAAGGAAGUUGACGAUAUUUGUACAUGGGAAAGUAGUAAAAAUGACAAGGACAGGUCACAAAAAAAAAGAAAAAUAGCGAAAAAGUUGAAAAACAUAAGCAGAAAGUUAGAUAAUAAAGAAACAUAUAAGAGUAGUAUGGACUGUCUUUACGUUGAUUUAUUAUAUCUCCGUAUUAAGUAUGAUUAUGAUUUGUUCCAUGCCCAGAAAAGAGGACAAAAUUACAACUUAACAAAAAACAGCUUUACAGAAAAAAAGGCAAAUACUAAUGGAAGUGCAAAUGCUAAUGGAAGUGCAAAUGCAGAUCAUGUAACGGAAAGAAGAAAAUGUGACAGAUAUUACCGCGGUUAUAUUAUUAUUAACUUUUUGUUCUCUUUAAAACAGUACCUCCUAUUCGAGCUCAGAGUGCAAAAGCUCUUUCUUUUCAAUGAUUUUGUCUAUCAUCAUAUUAAUUAUUUGGAAGAGGGAGGAAGGGAGUCGGUUAGGGGAAAGAAGGCAAGUGAGAAAAAUAGUCCCACUGAGGAAGUGGACUCAAAAAUGUUCAAAAUACCAGGGAACGAAAAAAAAAAAAAAAAGUACGAUGAAGGUAAAACUCAAAAGGAGGAUACACAAGACAAAAAAGACUACAUUCUAAGUAUGACAGAAAAGGAAAAGCCUAAAUAUGGUGAAAGGUUUAAUUCUUCUAAUAAGCUUUCUAAUGUAGAAAAGAACAUUUUGGGGAAGCAGAGUACAGAGAAACAAAGUGCAGGGAAACCGAAUGAAGAAGAAGAAGAAGAAGAAGAACAGACUAUUACUAAUAUUACAGAAAGGAAGAAUAUUUUAUUUUUCUCAAAUUUUAUUUGUAAUAUUGCAGAUUUGUACUACAGAAGAAAAAGCAAAAAUUACUUAGGUGCGGUUGAUUUGCAUUUACAUAUAGAUACUACUAAUAAACAUAUUAAUAGCAUAUUAUGGAAAGUCUUCAAUAAUGGCAGUAUUACAAGCUAUGAGCAAUGUAAUGGUGGAAAUGGAAGAAAUAAUGAAAAGGAAGAAAACAACGUAGUUGUAAUAAAAUUGAGAAAUGAAGAAAGAGUAAUAAUUGGAAGAGCUGAAAAUAGUUCAGAAUUUUUAAAUUCUAAAAAUGAUAAGAAAAAAAAAUACAAAGUAAACUGCAAAAUUAUAAAUUUAUACAAUCCUUCGAAAGACACGAAGAAUAAGAAAAAUAUAAAAUGCAAUUUUUUUUCAGAAAAAGAAAUUUUGAAUGACAAAUAUAACAAACAAAGGGUUCAUUCGCAUUUCCAUUUAAUGAAAAAAGUCUAUCAAUUUGAUAAAAAUUACAAAGAAAUAGAAAAUUUUUUAAAAACCUACAAAAGUUCUAGAUAUUCCAGGUAUUCCAGAUUUUACCUGAUAAAAAAAAAAAAAUAUAUGUACAAGUCAGCAACUUAUUUAGUUUCGAAAAUUGUUAAUUUAGCGGAAAUCAGUAAUAGGACGGAUAAAAAAAGGGAAAAAAGAAAAACAAAAAAAUACAUAAGUUCCUCUCUUGCUGUAGCAGAAAAGGAGAAGAGCAAAACAAAUAUACCAGUAGAUAAUUCUCAGGAAGAGGAUAAAACAGAUGUUGUUAUUUCUCACAAUAGUACUUCUACUCGUGUGAAGAAAAAUAAACAAAAAAAGAUUUCCACAGUCAUGGAUACUACCGAAAUAAGAGAAUUUAUUCGCGACCUCAAAAUGGACAAACAGCUAGCUAAUUAUUUCAUGGAACGAUAUUGCAACAUAACAAAAUUAUAUAUUACACAUUUAUUUAAUCUUUUUGCUUGGAAAAGGUUGAUAGAAGAGAACAUAAAUAGUGUUGUGAAAUAUAUACAAAGGAAUGUCCAUGUAUUUAUAGAUCUAAUAAAUGAUGAUCAUGUUCAGGAGAUAAAUAAACUCAUACAACUCUACAAUAACUUCAGAAUGUUUGAAAAUGAAAAUGAAGAAGUGAAAUUUUUAAUUUUGGAUAAAUUAGAUAAAAUUCAAAAAAGAAUAUGGCUAGCUAUAUUAGAAGGGAAAAAUAAUUCUAAGAAAAAAGAGAAAAUGUAUUUAGACAAAUUUAUUACCAUGCAAUUAUUUUUGCUUACAUUUCAAGAAUUUUAUUUAAUUAAUAUUGAACAUCAACUUUAUCUACACUUACACUAUUUUGUAAGGGAGUUUAUUUAUUCUUUAGUACAUUAUGAUGUGCAGCUUAAGAAUGAAAGAAAUAUGCAAAUUUUCAAUUAUUUUCCUAAAAGUAAAAAAGAAUUUUAUAUAUAUGAAAAUGAAAAUUAUUGCUUCCCCUUUUUAAAAAUUAUUAAAGAUGAUAUAAACAAAUUUUUAAUAGAAGAUAAAGAAAUGUAUGCUAAAAAUAUAAACAAGUCAAAAAUAUAUGAGUCACAUAAUUUAGACAAUUUUUAUACAAAAAGAGAAAAACAUUUAUUUUUUUUUUCUGAACAAUUUUGUUUUAUUAAUAACUGUCGUUUUGUAUAUACAUUGUAUUCUCUUCUUAAUAAUUCAUUAAUGAACUUGAGAAAAUAUUUUUUCAUAUUUCACGAUUUAAAAAAUUACAUCAGCGAUUUUGUUACUUUACACUAUUUGUGUAUAUAUAAACAAGCAAAUCAUAUGUGUGAGCAAGUAAAAAAGUAUGUACAAAAUUUUACCCAUAAUAUUCCUUUUUACUAUUCAAGCACAUUUAACAAGAAGAGAAGAAAAAUUAAUUUUGUAGUUAAUAAAAAAAGGGAAGUGGGUUAUUCACCUGGUCAUGUACAAAAGGAAAAUAGUCGAACUAAUCAUUGUUAUAUUGAAGAGAGAAAAGACAUAAGUGAAGGAACUGAUAAUAUGGAAAUUAGAGUAAAGAAAUGCCCACUGGAAGAGAUAAAAUCUUUUAGCAAAGUGAAGAAGCAUGCAUACCCUAAUUUGGAAAACGAUUUUUCUGGGAUAAACUUAAACACACAAUGUUGUAAUGUCAAUAAAGAAACUGAAAUAAACGGAUUAUUUAUGAGAAAAAAUUAUGUACAUAUUUUUUUAAAAAAUGUUUUAAGUUAUAUAUUCCUUGCGAACGAUUUCCCAGUAAUAUCAAAAGAAGAUCUACGGAACUACAUAAUUUGCAGUUUACAUUUUAUAAAAAAGAAGCAGGAAAAAAUGUAUGCUUCAAUAUUAUUUGGUAGAAACCUUUUAACUGCAUACUUUAAAGAAUAUAGUGUUUCAGAAAAUUUGUUUACACUUCUUGAACGUGCUCAUGAAAGAAUUGACUCCUCAAAAGUACCUCAUCAGAACACUAAGGAAGGAAAUCAGCGUGUUAUCCGGAAUUAUUUAAAUAUUAUAGAAGAAAAGAUACAAUGUGAAGGAGUAGUAAGCAAGAGAGAAAAAUUGGAAAUACUAAAAAAAUUUCGCUUUCCUUAUGAUUAUUUAAUAAAAAAAGAAACAAAAAGCUUUGACACGAACGCAUACAGAAGAGUUGAAAAAAAUGAUACACCAAUUAACAAUUUAUGUAAAACAAAUAAUUGUGACACAAAUUUAUGUGAGAUUAUUGACACAACGGAAACAGCUAGCUAUUAUAGCUGUACUGAAGAAAAUAACCUGAACAGUUCAGGAAAAAAAAUAAUAAAUUUGGAGAACAUAGAAUAUUUUACCUUCGAUGAGUUUGUCAAAUUAGGGUUAUUUAAUUUUAUGAAAAAUAAAAAACAAAUUAGUAAAGAAGAUAAAAAAAUGUAUAAAGAAGAUAAAAAAAUGCAUAAGGAAAAUAAAAAAAUGCAUAAAGACGAUAAUAAAAUGCAUAAGGAAAAUAAAAAAAUUCAUAAAGACGAUAAUAAAAUGCAUAAGGAAAAUAAAAAAAUGCAUAAUGAAGAUGAAAAAACUCAUAAAGAACAUAAAAAAAUACAGAAUUAUAAAAUACUUUCUUUAAACAAAUUUGUUUUUAAUUGUCUGUUUUCUUUUAGUUCACUUCCUAAUUUUUAUGAACAUAUCCACGUGUAUGUAAAAAAUUACUUAUUAAAAACGAAUACUGAUUUUUUCUUUUCCUUUGAAAAAUGUGUACAAGAAAAAAUGGAGCAAAUUGGGAGUGUUAGUGAUGAUUUUAUUAGAAGCAGUAGUAAUAUCGAAAAAAGAAAAAAGGGUGUAGGUAAUGCAGGAAAUAUAGGUGCUAUAGGAAAUGCAGGAAAAGAAAACAGCGUAAACGAAAAUGAAGGAAAAAAUAAUUUUAAAAAAAACGAAAAGAUAAAUUUGCUCAUAUCGUGCAAUACAAAAAAAAAGAUGGUAAAGGUGAAAGAAGUUUUAAUAUUUUUCCACAACAACUAUCAUUAUAACUUUUAA